CACGCGCAUGCGCAGAGGCUGCAGCCGUGUGACGCAUACACCCGGCGCUGUGCUGGAGUUUGACGUGGCACUCUCGGCACGCAAUUCAACAUCAGCAGUACGGAACGAGCGGCUCAUCAUUUUCUUUACAUUACAGGUCAACUUUUUGGUUCUGAUUGGAAUGAAAAAAUCCUAACGGCAUGAUGAGUCAGCAGGGUUAUGUUGCUACCCCUCCAUACUCCCAGGCCCAGGCUGGAAUGGGGGGAUACUCUACUGGUUUUGGAAACCCUCCACCUCAGUCCCAUUAUGGGGCCUAUGGAUCUCAACCACAGGCAUAUUCUGCACCUCCUACAGGCAUGCUGAAACAACCUCCCUCUUCCCCUUCUGGAAUGCCUCCACCACCGGCAUCCAAUCAUUAUGGAGCUAGCAUUCAACAGAAUGGAGCCCACAGCUUUUCACCUCCUCCUUCUGCAUCAGCCCCUUCCAUGUCUCCUUAUGGGCAGGCUCCUCACAAUGUUUAUCACAGCAUGGCACAAGGCCCACCUCCAAAUCAACAGUUGACCAAUCAGAUAAGUCCUAUGGCACAAGGCCCACCUCCAACUCAACAGAUGACUAAUCAGAUGAGUUCUAUGGCACAGGGCCCACCUCCAACUCAACAGAUGACCAAUCAAAUGAGUGCUAUGAACAUUGCAGGAUACGCCCAAAGACCUAUGCACGUCCCCCAGUCCCCCUCCAGCUCAGCAGCACCACUACAAUUUCAAACAUCUCCACCACCAGCAAUGGGACAUCCUCCACUGUCUCCACCAGGACAACAGCAAGCAGCAAUGGGAUCACCUCCAAUGGGAAUGGCUGGCCCACCUGGUCCAGGUGUCUCCCUGGGUGGAGGUGGCCACCAACAACCACUUGGACCCCAAAGCUAUCCACAGCAACCAGGCCCAUAUGGUGGACAAAUGGCGGGACCACAGAUGGCAGGCCCACAGACAGGUGCUUUCCCAGGAGGCUUUCAUGGAGGUCCAUCCCAAAUGGCAGGCCCUCCUCAGAAGAAGCUGGACCCUGACUCUAUUCCAAGCACGACUCAAGUGAUUCAAGAUGACCAGGCUAAGAGAGGAGGUCAGGUGUAUGCCACAAACAUCAGAGGGCAGGUGCCCCCACUGGUCACCACCAAUUUUACGGUACAGGAUCAAGGGAAUGCCAGCCCAAGGUUCAUGCGGUGCACAACAUAUUCCUUACCCUGCACGGCUGAUCUCGCAAAGCAGUGCAAAGUGCCUUUGGCAACCAUAAUCAAACCAUUUGCCACUGUGCCCAAAAAUGAGACACCUCUGUAUGUUGUAAAUCAUGGUGAGGCUGGACCCAUCCGCUGCAAUCGCUGUAAGGCUUACAUGUGCCCUUACAUGCAGUUUAUUGAUGGAGGACGACGAUACCAGUGUGCCUUCUGCAGCUGUGUUAAUGAAGUUCCAGUGCAGUAUUUCCAGCAUCUGGACCAUAUGGGGAGAAGAAUGGAUUUAUAUGAGAGACCAGAACUUUCUUUGGGCUCUUAUGAGUUUAUUGCCACAAUGGAUUACUGCAAGAACAAUAAGCCCCCUAAUCCUCCUGCCUACAUCUUCAUGAUCGAUGUCUCCUACACCAACAUCAAAAGUGGACUCGUCAGACUAAUAUGUCAAGAGUUGAAGACAUUGCUUGACCGACUUCCCAAAGAGGAUGGAGCAGAUAGUUCGGCCAUCAAAGUGGGCUUUGUCACCUAUAACAAGAUUCUGCACUUCUACAAUGUGAAGAGCGCUCUGGCCCAGCCACAGAUGAUGGUGGUCUCAGAUGUAGCCGAAAUGUUUGUACCACUUCUCGACGGAUUCCUAGUCAACUUCCAGGAAUCCCGGGGAGUUAUCAACAAUCUUCUAGAUCAAAUCCCGGAUAUGUUUGCGGAUACCAGUGAGAGUGAGACUGUUUUUGCACCUGUCAUUCAAGCUGGGGUGGAUGCACUAAAGGCGGCUGAAUGCAGUGGGAAACUCUUCAUCUUCCACUCCUCCAUGCCGACUGCCGAAGCUCCUGGAAAACUCAAAAACAGAGAUGACAGAAAACUAGUUGGCACGGAAAAGGAGAAGAUUCUGUUUCAGCCCCAGCGUGGAGUGUAUGAGCAACUGACUAAAGAUUGUGUAGCACAGGGCUGUUGUGUCGACCUCUUCAUCUUUCCUAAUCAGUACGUUGAUAUGGCCACCAUGGGUGAUGUGCCCACACAUACUGGAGGCUCGGUCUACAAAUACAGCAACUUUCAGGUGGAGGUUGACGGUCAGCAUUUUCUCAGUGAUCUUAAGAGAGAUGUUGAGAAAUCUAUUGGAUUUGAUGCCAUUAUGCGUGUCCGUACUGGCACAGGCUUCAGGGCCACAGAUUUCUUUGGUGCUCUCUACAUGAACAACACCACAGAUGUGGAAAUGGCCGCUGUGGAUUGUGACAAGGCCGUGACUGUUGAGUUUAAGCACGACGACACACUCAGCGAGGAAUCUGGAGCUGUUAUACAGUGUGCUUUGCUUUACACCACCGUCGGCGGACAGAGACGCCUGCGAAUCCACAACCUCAAUCUGAACUGCAGCUCGCAGCUGUCUGAACUUUACAAAAGCUGCGAGACAGAUGCCCUCAUCAACUUUUUUGCCAAGUCAGCAUAUCGGGCCAUGCUUAACCAGCCACUGAAGACAGUGAGGGAAAUCCUGGUUAACCAGACAGGUCAUAUGCUGGCCUGCUAUAGGAAAAACUGUGCCAGUCCUUCAGCAGCCAGCCAGCUAAUCUUGCCUGAUGCAAUGAAGGUGUUUCCUGUCUACAUGAACAGUCUGUUAAAAACUCCAUCUUUAGUAAGCAGCAGCGAGCUCCCCACAGACGACAGGGCCUUUCACAGCCUCAUGGUUAUGGCUAUGGGUGUCGAGGAGACUCAGAUCCUGCUGUACCCUCGACUCAUCCCACUGCACAAUAUGGAUGUGAGCAGUGAGUCUGUACCAGAAGCUGUACGCUGUUCGGAGGAGCGCCUCAGUGAGACAGGAGCGUUCCUGCUGGAGAACGGGCUCUAUAUGUUCCUCUGGUUGGGGCAGGCCUGUCCACUUGACCUGAUCCAGAACCUCUUCAACGUGCCCUCUCUCGCCCAUCUCAACACAGAAGGGCAGACAUCAUUACCUGUGCUGGAUAAUCCUCAUUCCAGGAAGCUUCAUUCCAUCAUCUCCAGCAUUUCACAGCAGAGGGCCAAAUCCAUGAAGCUGCUGAUAGUGAAGCAGAAAGACCGAGGAGAGAUGUUGUUUCGCCAGCACCUGGUGGAGGAUAAGGGUCUUCACGGAGGGGCAUCUUACAUGGACUUUCUGUGCUAUGUCCACCGCGAAGUCAGACAACUACUUACUUAACACACGCGUGUGCACACUCAUUCAAAAAGCUGCCUAUAAUAUAUGACCAAAAUGUUUCCUGUAGUUGAGUGUGUAUACAUUGCACUUUAGGCCUCAGUAUUUCACAUCGGGUUUGUUAGUAAACAGGGGUCACAAUUCAUUUGUGCCAUAGCUCUCUGUUCUGAGGACGUACAGUAUAGCUAAGCUCCAUACUUUAACUUUCUUAAAUCGUGUCCCCAAUUUCAAGGUCUGUCAAAGUGAAAGAUUUCUUUAAAACAAAAUUAGCUUACACAAUAUAACUGGCUCGUAAUACUUCAGAUGCAAAUCUGUGCAGUGUCUAUUAAAUUAAUAGAUGACAUCUUUGCGACUAAAACAAUACAGUACAAUAUCCGGUCUUUUGUUUUUUAUUUGUAUGACUUUAGGAAUAGACAUCACAUAAAUCUAAAACCUAGUUAGUGUAUGAAGCAAACGCCCAAGUGGUUUUUAGCCAAUAUUGACUACAAAAAUCUACAUUAUCAAUCUAUUCAAGAAAUCGAUACAGUCUUUGUUUUAAUUUUGAACUGGAUGUGAUUUUGAGCAUCAUUUUGUUUGUUUGUAUGUUUCUGGUUCAUUAGGAUAUUUAUACUUACAGUUUAUAAUUUCAAUGCUAUCCAUAAUCAUCUACAGUAAAUUACAACAAUUUUUUCAGUGUUCAUAGAAAUACAUUAAUACAAAUGGUAUUUACUUAAGACACAAUUGAAUAACGGAUGUUGAUUAAAGGUUUAAUAUCCAUUUAUUUUAUUUUUAGUCAUUAUUUGUUAUUCCUAAUAUUACAGUAUACAGUUUUAUUUCCUGAAACAUUUCCAGUGUGGCAGUUGUGUUAACUUUGCCUUAUUUUUCUGACUUUUAAUUGUGCAUCUCUGAACAGAUACUGUAUAUUUUAUUACAGUUUUCAGAUUAAUUGUAAAAUCUUCAGCCUGCAAAUAUAUCUCAGGUGUGCGACUAGUCUUUAUACCUGCUCUGAAUCUGUGCUUUGAAUCUAAAUAGACAUGUGGUAAAAGAAACUAAUACAGUUUUGGAAGCCGAAGUACAUUUCAAUUCAAUGUCUUUAUACAGCUGUUUUGGAAUAAAGAUGUAGCCAUAUUAACCUUG